AUGUUCGUUCAAUUAAACAAAGACCAAAGAGAAUACAAAUGCUCAACUUGCUCUCAAAGUGAGUUGGGAUAUAGGGUUGUCUACGGACAUACAGCCCGUAUACAUCAAGAAAUUGAUGAAGGUCUUGCAGAUGCAAAUGCAAUUGAACAAAAUGUUUAUGAUGCAAACGAUGAUAUUAUUUUUGAAGAUAACAAUGCCAUUGAUGCUAUUGAAUUAGAGGACAUGGAUUAUCUAGAAGGAGAAGAAGAUGUAGAUGAAUAUGAAGCUAAUGAUAACUUUGCAUCUAACGAUACAAACUACAGAAAGCUUGUUCAAGUUUAUGAAUGCUAUACUUUUUCUACUUGGAAUUAA